GCAGUAGCCGCAUCUACUCAUAUACGCGCAGCAAACAGCACGACGCGCUUGGCUGCGAGCGAUUUGAACCUAAAUAGCCCUUAUUUCCAUCGCUUGGCCCCGUUUCGGCCGCGCAAGUGAUCCAAGCCAAGACUCACCAUCUGAGCAGCUCACAAUGGACCGCAGCACUCGCCACCGCCAAUCCGAGGCUCCGAGGAUACCGCUGCGCCCAGAACUCGUCGAGUUCAUGGACGUAAAAUCGCUCUGCCAAUACCAGUGCUGCAGCAAGGCGUGCGGCAAGGACGUGCGCGAGGCCAACGCCUGGUCGCUACUCGCCGGUGUGCAAGCGCCACGGUCUGUGAAAGAAGCAUUGGAAUCCGACGCACUCUCGCGCGUCCGAUCGCAGACGCUGCGCCGCCUCCUUGCGGACGCACUGGCGGAACCAUCGCAGCCGUUACGUCCGAGCCAAUUCAGGGAUUUCACAUUCUUCGUGCGCAUCGCUGACGGUGGACGGAUGAUUUGGGAGGGCGACCUUCAAAUGGCCAGCAACGCCUGCAUUGAUCUUACUCUGACCAACGUUACGUCGCACAUAAAGCGAUCGGGAGCAUGCCCGAAGUUAAUAGAUUUUCUAGCAAAGAUGAAUACAACUUCAACGCAAGAUGAGGCUGCUCUAGAGGGUAUCACGAUAACGUUGAUCGCGAUCCGGGAUGUGGACCAAGCCAUGGUCUCGAUUGGGAAAUUUCCGUAUUACGACCAUGCUGACGGGGAUGGCGACCCGGACCAGAUGUUUUUGUUUACUUGUCGAGAGGCUUUGUUUGCUGUGCCAGGCUUCAAUUUUGAGCCUCACUUGUUACUGGAAACUCGGCACGACAGCGAUGGUGACGGUGAGUUGAUCUCUCUGCGCCUGGGUGUAGAUAUUAACUCUAUCGAAGCCGAGUACGACCGUUACGUAGAUCAUCUGGACAAUUCUCAAAUCCAAUAUCUGCUGACAUAUCUCGCGGGGGUCCCGCGGACAUCGGUUCGCGACGAGGCGUUGAGGACGAUUAGGAGCUGGGUUUCAUAAUUAGUAAUAAAUAA